CGGGGCUUCGUGUACCAGAGGCGGGACCGCGGCUCAGCUCGCGCUGCCUGUAAAUCAACUCAUCUCUCGCGCUGCACGAGAGCGCGUGCUGCCUUUCAGGUGUGGUAGUGGCCGCUCCCAUUUGAGCAGCAGUCAAGAUGGUGGCGCUGUCGCUGAAGAUUUGUGUGCGGCAGUGCAAUGUGGUCAAGACCAUGCAGUUUGAGCCCUCGACUCCAAUUUACGACGCAUGUCGGAUUAUCAGAGAGAGAGUUCCAGAAGCCCAAUCCGGACAAGCAUCAGAUUAUGGGCUGUUCCUGUCCGAUGAUGACCCUAGAAAAGGAAUCUGGUUGGAAUCCGGACGCACCCUCGAUUACUACAUGCUGCGGAAUGGGGAUGUCUUGGAGUACAAGAAGAAACAAAGACCUCAAAAGAUCAAAAUGCUGGAUGGGGCCAUUAAAACCAUCAUGGUUGAUGACUCCAAGACAGUAGGCGAGCUGUUGGUCACCAUUUGCAGCAGGAUAGGAAUAACUAACUAUGAGGAGUACUCGCUGAUCCAAGAGCAAGUGGAGGAGAAGAGAGAGGAUGGGACGGGGACGCUGAAGAAAGACAGAACUCUCCUCAGAGACGAGAGGAAGAUGGAGAAGCUGAAAGCCAAACUUCACACAGAUGAUGACUUAAAUUGGCUGGAUCAUAGUCGGACAUUUCGCGAGCAGGGUGUAGAGGAGAGCGAGACACUACUCCUCAGAAGAAAGUUCUUCUACUCCGAUCAGAACGUGGACUCACGUGACCCCGUUCAGCUCAACCUCCUCUACGUGCAGGCGAGAGAUGACAUUCUCAACGGCUCCCACCCGGUGUCCUUUGACAAGGCCUGCGAGUUUGCUGGAAUUCAGGCACAGAUCCAGUUCGGUCCCCACGUGGAGCACAAACACAAGCCGGGAUUUCUAGACCUGAAGGAGUUCCUACCAAAAGAAUAUAUCAAACAGAGAGGGGCGGAGAAGAGAGUUUUUCAGGAGCACAAAAGCUGCGGUGAGAUGAUGGAGAUUGAGGCGAAGGUGAAAUACGUAAAGCUUGCCCGCUCCCUGCGCACAUACGGGGUGUCGUUCUUCCUGGUGAAGGAGAAGAUGAAAAGCAAGAAUAAAUUGGUCCCACGUCUUUUGGGCAUUACCAAAGAGUCAGUGAUGCGUGUGGAGGAGAAGACCAAAGAGGUGGUGCAGGAGUGGCCUCUCACCACUGUGAAGAGGUGGGCAGCGUCCCCCAAGAGUUUUACACUGGACUUCGGUGAGUACCAGGAAAGCUAUUAUUCUGUUCAAACCACAGAGGGGGAACAGAUCUCUCAGCUCAUCGCUGGAUACAUCGACAUCAUCCUUAAGAAAAAACAGAGUAAAGAUCGAUUUGGUUUGGACGGUGAUGAGGAAGCCACUAUGCUGGAGGAAUCCGUAUCCCCAAAAAAGUCCACCAUCCUACAGCAGCAGUUUAACCGGGUCGGUCGGGUCGAGCACGGGUCCGUGGCUCUGCCCGGCAUUAUGCGAUCAGGGUCAAUCGGAGGCCCUGACACGUUUAAUAUGGGCAGCAUGCCCUCGGCUCAGCAGCAGAUCACCACGGGACAGAUGCACAGAGGACACAUGCCCCCUCUGAGUCUGGCCCAGCAAGCGCUAAUGGGAACCAUCAACACCAGUAUGCAGGCUGUUCAGCAGGCACAAGCUGACCUGGGAGAGGUUGAUAAUCUGCCACCACUUGGACAGGACAUGGCAUCUAGAGUGUGGGUCCAGAACAAGGUGGAUGAAUCCAAACACGAGAUUCACUCCCAGGUGGACGCCAUAACAGCUGGUACAGCAUCUGUGGUCAACCUCACUGCCGGUGACCCCACGUAUACUGACUACACUGCGGUGGGCUGCGCCAUCACCACCAUUUCAUCUAACCUGACCGAGAUGUCCAAAGGAGUGAAGCUCCUGGCAGCCCUCAUGGAUGAUGAGGUGGGCAGUGGUCAGAACCUCAUGGGAGCCGCCCGGACCCUCACAGGAGCCGUGUCGGAUUUGUUAAGAGCAGUGGAACCAGCUUCUGGAGAGCCCAGACAGACGGUGUUGACUGCGGCGGGCAGCAUCGGACAGGCCAGCGGUGACCUCCUGAAACAGAUAGGAGAAGGUGAAACGGAUGAAAGAUUUCAGGACAUUAUGAUGAACCUGGCCAAAGCCGUAGCUAAUGCCGCCGCCAUGAUGGUGCUGAAGGCCAAGAACGUGGCACAGGUGGCCGAGGACACUGCGCUCCAGAACCGGGUCAUCACCGCCGCCACGCAGUGCGCUCUCUCCACGUCACAGCUGGUGGCGUGCACGAAGGUGGUGAGCCCUACCAUCUCCUCCCCGGUCUGUCAGGAGCAGCUGGUGGAGGCCGGGCGUCUGGUGGAGCGUUCGGUGGAGGGGUGUGUAAAAGCAUGCCACGCUGCCUCUGAGGAAGGCGAGCUGCUCCGACAGGUGAACAUGGCGGCUGGCGCUGUCAGCCAGGCUCUCAGCGACCUUCUCCAGCACGUGCGGCACUACGCCAGUUGUGGGGAGCCGAUCGGACGCUACGACCAGGCCACUGACACCAUCAUGACAGUAACGGAGAGUAUUUUCACAUCGAUGGGCGAUGCAGGUGAGAUGGUACGGCAGGCGAGGGUUCUGGCCCAGGCCACCUCUGACCUGGUUAAUGCGAUGCGCUCUGAUGCCGAAGCUGAAAUCGAUGUGGAUAAUUCUAAGAAACUGUUGGCGGCUGCCAAGCUGUUGGCCGAUGCCACUGCCAGAAUGGUGGAGGCUGCAAAGGGAGCCGCCGCAUACCCGGAGAAUGAAGACCAGCAGCAGAGGUUGCGCGAGGCUGCUGAAGGGCUGCGAGUCGCCACCAACGCAGCUGCUCAGAACGCCAUCAAAAAGAAGCUCAUUCACCGGCUGGAGAAUGCAGCGAAGCAGGCCGCGGCAGCAGCGACGCAGACCAUCGCGGCAGCUCAGAAUGCAGCUGCGUCCAAUAAGAACCCAAUGUCACAUCAGCAGCUAGUGUUCAGUUGCAAGGCCGUAGCAGAUCAUAUUCCCCACCUGGUCCAGGGAAUGAGGGGAAGUCAGGCUCACCCCGAAGACCUCGGUGCACAGCUGGCACUUAUCAUCGCUAGCCAGAGUUUUCUACAGCCCGGGAGUAAAAUGGUGACGUCGGCUAAAUCGGCCGUUCCAACGGUAGCCGACCAGGCAGCUGCGAUGCAACUCGGUCAGUGUGCUAAGAACCUCGCCACAUGCCUGGCAGAACUGCGGACGGCGGCGCAGAAGGCUCAUGAAGCGUGUGGUCCUCUAGAAAUCGACUCGGCACUCAACGCCGUUCAGUCUCUUAAGAGCGAACUACAGGAUGCUAAAAUGGCCGCACUAGACGGGCAACUCAGACCAUUGCCUGGGGAAUCGCUAGAAAAGUGUGCUCAGGAUCUCGGGAGUAUGUCCAAGGCUGUGGGCUCGUCCAUGGCGCAACUCCUGACCUGUGCCGCCCAGGGCAAUGAGCAUUACACAGGUGUAGCCGCGAGGGAAACCGCUCAGGCCCUGAGGUCGCUGGCCCAGGCGGCGAGAGGAGUGGCAGCAAGCAGCGUGGAGCUCCAGGCCGCUGCCGGCAUGCUGGACUCGGCCUGUCACGUGAUGGAGGGCUCAGCCUUGCUAAUCCACGAAGCCCACCAAGCCCUGGUGUGCCCUGGCGAUGCCGAGAGCCAGCAGAGACUAGCGCAGGUGGCGAAGGCCGUUUCUCACUCCCUCAAUAACUGCGUGAACUGCUUACCGGGACAAAAAGAUGUGGACAUGGCCCUCAGGAGCAUCGGAGAGGCCAGCAAGAAACUCCUGGUGGAAAAUCUUCCUCCUUGCUCCAAAUCCUUCCAAGAGGCGCAGACGGAUCUAAAUCACACGGCGGCCGAGUUGAACCACUCUGCUGGAGAUGUGGUGCAGUCAACCCGAGGAAACAGCAGUCAGCUGGCUGUUGCCUCCGGAAAGUUCAGCCAAGACUUUGAUGAGUUUCUGGAUGCUGGCAUUGAGAUGGCCGGACACACUCAGACUAAAGACGACCAGAUCCAUGUAAUUGGCAACCUGAAGAACAUCUCUAUGGCAUCCAGCAAACUGCUGUUGGCUGCCAAGUCCCUCUCUGUAGAUCCAGGUGCCGCAAACGCCAAGAAUCUCCUCGCAGCUGCAGCACGAGCAGUGACAGAGAGCAUUAAUCAGCUCAUCACACUUUGUACCCAGCAGGCACCAGGACAAAAAGAGUGUGACAAUGCUCUCCGAGAGCUAGAGGCUGUUCGAGGAAUGCUGGACAAUCCCAAUGAGCCAGUCAGCGAUCUCUCCUACUUCGACUGCAUUGAAAGUGUUAUGGAGAAUUCCAAGGUUCUCGGGGAAGCUAUGGCUGGAAUCUCGCAGCAUUGCAAGACUGGGAACGUGCCAGCCUUCGGGGAUUGUGUGGGCGUGGCUUCAAAAGCACUGUGUGGGUUGACUGAGGCUGCGGGACAGGCCUCCUAUUUGGUUGGUGUCUCAGACCCAAAUAGCCAGUCAGGCCAUCAAGGAUUGGUCGAUCCCAUCCAGUUUGCUAGAGCCAAUCAGGCGAUUCAGAUGGCCUGCCAGAACCUGGUUGACCCAGCCAGCAGCCCCUCACAGGUUCUGUCAGCAGCUACCAUUGUUGCGAAACACACCUCCGCACUUUGCAACGCCUGCCGUCUGGCAUCCUCCAAAACAGCCAAUCCGGUGGCUAGAAGACAUUUUGUGCAGUCAGCCAAAGAGGUUGCCAAUACCACGGCUAACCUUGUCAAAACUAUAAAGGCUUUAGAUGGAGAUUUCUCCGAUGAGAACCGUGAAAGGUGCCGAGUGGCCACGACCCCGCUGAUUGAAGCCGUGGAUAAUCUCUCCACCUUUGCCUCCAACCCGGAGUUUGCAAGCAUUCCUGCACAGAUAAGCCAUGAGGGUUCAGCCGCGCAGGAGCCGAUCCUACGUUCUGCUCGUUCAAUGCUGGACAGCUCCACCCACCUGUUAGAGACCGCCCGCUCCCUCAUCAUCAACCCCAAAGACCCCCCCACAUGGUCCAUCCUGGCAGGCCACUCCCGCACUGUCUCAGACUCCAUCAAGGGCCUCAUCACGUCCAUCAGGGACAAGGCCCCUGGGCAACGAGAGUGUGACCAGUCCAUCGACUGCAUCAACAAGAGCAUCAGGGACAUUGAGCAGGUGUCCCUCGCUGCCGUGGGUCAAAGUCUGCCCCGCAGAGACGACAUCUCACUGGAGGCUCUGCAGGAGCAGCUGACCUCUGCUGUACAGGAGAUCGGUCACCUCAUUGACCCUAUUUCUACUGUGGCACGAGGAGAAGCCGCUCAACUUGGACACAAGGUGACUCAGUUGGCGAGCUACUUCGAGCCGGUUAUCGUGGCAUCAGUGGGCCUGGCGUCUAAACACGCUGACCACCAGCAACAGAUGAACAUAUUAGAUCAGACCAAAACCCUGUUUGAAUCGGCUCUACAGAUGCUCUAUGCUGCCAAAGAGGGCGGUGGAAAUCCUAAGGCUUCUCACACCCAUGAUGCCGUAGCUGAGGCGUCCCAGCUGAUGAAAGAGGCGGUUGAUGACAUCAUGGUGACUCUGAAUGAGGCAGCGAGUGAGGGGGGGAUGGUGGGCGGCAUGGUGGAAUCCAUCGCUGAGGCCAUCGGAAGGAUGGAUGAAGGAACGCCGCCAGAGCCUGACGGCACUUUUGUGGAUUACCAGACCACCAUGGUGAAGUUUUCAAAAGCUAUCGCUAUAACCGCACAGGAAAUGAUGACAAAAUCUGUGACAUGUCAAGAAGAGCUGGGUGGGCUGGCGUCUCAGGUGACUGUGGAUUACAGCCAGCUGGCACAGCAAGGCCGUCUGGCAGCCGCCACCGCCGAGCCGGAGGAGGUGGGAUCCCAGAUCAAGUCCAGGGUUCAGGAGUUGGGUCACGGCUGUAUCUACCUGGUGCAGAAAGCUGGAGCUCUUCAGAUCAGCCCGACAGACAGCUUCUCCAAGAGAGAGCUGAUCGAAUGCGCCCGCGCCGUCACUGAAAAGGUGUCCAUGGUGUUAUCAGCCCUGCAGGCCGGUAAUAAAGGAACUCAGGCCUGCAUAACUGCAGCCAGUUCUGUUUCCGGCAUCAUCGCAGAUCUGGACACGACCAUCAUGUUUGCUUCGGCUGGCACACUCAAUGCUGAGAAUGAAGAGUCCUUCGCUGACCACAGGGAGAACAUAUUGAAAACUGCAAAAGCUUUGGUUGAGGACACCAAGCUGCUCGUGUCUGGUGCCGCUUCUAGCCAGGACAAACUCGCCCAGGCGGCCCAGUCGUCUGCCAAAACCAUCACGCAGCUCACAGACGUGGUCAAGCUGGGCGCCGCGAGCAUGGGCUCAGAGGACCCGGAAACACAGGUGGUUCUGAUAAACGCAGUCAGAGAUGUUGCUAAAGCUUUGGCAGAGCUGAUAAGCUCCACCAAAUGUGCCGCGGGCAAAGCAGCGGACGACCCGUCUAUGUACCAGCUGAAGAGUGCUGCCAAGGUAAUGGUGACGAACGUAACGUCUCUACUGAAGACUGUGAAAGCGGUGGAGGAUGAAGCCACUCGCGGGACGAGAGCAUUGGAAGCCACUAUCGAGUGCAUCAAACAGGAACUUACAGUUUUCCAGUCCAAGGACGUACCGGAGAAAUCCACCACCCCGGAAGAGUUCAUCCGCAUGACCAAGGGCAUCACCGUCGCCACGGCCAAAGCAGUGGCAGCAGGCAACUCUGCCCAGCAGGAGGAUGUGAUCUCCACUGCCAACCUUAGUCGCAAAGCCCUCACUGACAUGCUCACAACCUGCAAGCAAGCCGCGUACCACCCAGAAGUAUGCAAGGAUGUGAGGAAUAAAGCUCUUCUGUACGGUAUCGAGUGCACCACCGGAUACAUCGACCUGCUGGAACACGUUCUUCUCGUCCUGCAGAAACCAACAGCCGAACAGAAACAGCAGCUUAUCGGCCUUUCCAAAAAAGUGGCCAGUUCGGUCACAGAGCUCAUUCAGACCGCCGAAGCUAUGAAAGGUUCUGAGUGGGUGGACCCAGAAGACCCUACUGUGAUAGCAGAGACGGAGCUCCUAGGUGCCGCCGCGUCCAUCGAGGCCGCAGCCAAGAAACUAGAGCAGCUGAAGCCCAGAGCCAAACCAAAGCAAGCAGACGAGUCUCUGGACUUCGAGGAGCAGAUCCUGGAAGCGGCCAAGUCGAUCGCCGCGGCAACCAGCGCUCUAGUCAAAUCUGCAUCGGCUGCUCAGAGAGAACUUGUGGCACAGGGCAAGGUUGGCUCUAUCCCCGCCAAUGCAGUAGAUGACGGCCAGUGGUCCCAGGGUUUGAUAUCAGCUGCCCGGAUGGUGGCGGCAGCUACAAGUAACCUGUGUGAGGCUGCAAACGCUUCGGUUCAGGGUCACGCCAGCGAGGAGAAGUUGAUUUCUUCAGCCAAACAGGUGGCGGCUUCCACGGCUCAGCUGCUGGUGGCCUGUAAAGUCAAAGCUGAUCAGGACUCCGAGGCCAUGAGAAGACUGCAGGCUGCUGGUAACGCCGUCAAGCGGGCGUCUGACAACUUGGUGAAGGCGGCGCAGAAAGCAGCUUUCGAUAAAGCCGAAGACAACAGCGUCGUGGUUAAAACGAAAUUUGUGGGAGGAAUCGCUCAGAUUAUAGCGGCUCAGGAGGAGAUGCUCAGAAAAGAGAGAGAGUUAGAGGAAGCUCGCAAGAAACUCGCCCACAUCCGACAGCAGCAAUACAAAUUCCUGCCCAGCGAACUGCGGGAAGACCAGAGCUGAACCCGUUCUCUCCCAUCGGACGCGAUUGUCUGCCGGCUGCUAACGAUGAUCGGCCACUCCUCGUGUAGAGGAACAGUCUUACGUGAUUGGUUGUUUCGAUAGCUUAAGUUAAACGUGAUUGGCUCACGGCAGCAUGGGACUAGCAACACUGAUUGGGCGUUCACCUUACAAACAGCGGACGUGUUUGUGUGUGAAUGGAUUUUCUCUUCCACAGGGCUAAUCUGCUAUGUGUGUCUCGUUUCGUUUGUCAUGUUUUACAGUUUGAAGGACUUUUAUUUGUGGGUGCGUUUACGUUUUAUGUAUCCGUCGUAACUUCUAUACUUUAAUGAUAGCUUACCAUAAGGUUCUAUACAACGUUAUGAAUAUGUUUUGUGAAUGCAUCAACCAAUGUGAAACUUUUCAUGUCGUGAAAGCUAAAGAAGGCAGUUGGAUCUAGAAAAGUUUCGUUUUGGUGUAUGAGGUAUUGCGUCAUUAUAAGCUUUUAAACAAUGCACUGUUCUUAUACAUAUCUCACACACAUAUAUCAAUUAAGUUUUAGGUCGCUUUAGGUUAUAGGUAGUUGUUUUAGGGAAAGAAUGUUCAAGGUGACCUUUGUCGUAUUUAUUGAUAGACGAAAUGUAAAAGAGUAGCUUAAAGCUUCUCACCGGUAGCUCUUACGCAGUUCUGUAUGUUAGAUUGAUCAAAAUAAGAACGCUGUGAUGUUCAACUGAUGGUUACAACCACAUACCUGCAAAACGAACCGUAGCGUUGUCAUUAAGUUUGUUAUACGUUUUCUUCCAAGCGUUGGACAACAGGAUGCUUUAUAGUCUGACAUCAGAGACGUAAGAGUGUUUCACAAUCCUUUGUUUCUAAACAACGAUGUUUGGAAAGGCAUACUAUUGUAGCGUUCACACUAUUUCUGCAUUGUGCGCACGAUAUGCAACUUUUCUUGAUGCAUGGAAUACCAGAUGACCUUUAACAGUGCAGUAUAUUUGCCAAAACCUGCAGUAUACAACUAGAGCGCAUAGCUGGGAACGCGAUAUCCCACAAUGCAGUGCCCUUAUUUUUUCGUUUCCAGUGUGACAAAUGAAUAGGAAGUACCAUUUCUUGAUUUAACGAUGUCGUUUCUAUUAUUUCAAUAAUGACUGUCGGUAAAGAAUACUAGCUCGUAUACAAAUGAAAAUAGUCGGCAGUAUACCGUAUUGUGCAGUAUUCAGUACGUAGUAUGCUAGUAUUCAUUUCUGGACAUGGCUAACAUCUCACUGUUCCCACAAGACACGAAAAGAUUAGGUUUUGCUAUGUUGUAUUGGACUAUUAUGGUAGCACUUGAUUUGACAGUCUUACAUCUACAUGCAGUGCAAGUGAAUAAAAUGUAAAAAAAAAGUAUAACUGUUAUAUCCAGGAAGCAAUGCUAACGCUAAGCCAACUGUUAUGAAAGUACCAUGUAUACCACAGUAACAUCUCUUGUCUUUAUAAUUGGGCUCUUUUCUUAUUAAACUCCUUUAAAAUGGAUCCACUACAGAUCAACUUCAUGUUCAAGAUUGUACUUGCAUGGCUGUGAGACACAAACACACCACUGAAGACAUCUGUAGCUUUGUAGGAUUAAAUGGCGUCAAUGAUCUUUCAAUGUACACUUAACUGCAAACAAUGCGCCUUUUUUCUGCUUCCCGUGAACUUUGUGUAUGUUUUUGGUCGGAACUUUUAAAAACUCUGUUGGCGUUACGUAGAAUAACGUGUGGCACUUAUGAGAGACGAGCUACGUUAUAUCGACUGUUGUGUUAACGCCCGGUUUCUCUUCAAAUCUGGACUGCAUUGUGUCAUAGUGCCUUAUUCUGGUAGCUCGGUGUGUAAGUUGCUGUUUUAUGCUGCUUGUGGACCAGAUUUCGCUCCACGGAUCUGAAGCUUGACAAUGUUAACGUAACCUCCAAACUGGUCUCAGAUCAGCGUGGGAGGAUUACACAUUGUCUGUUUUUAGAUGAGUGAAGCACGUGUUUAUUGUCCUGUUAUAACUAGCUUUGUAUGUGUACAUUACAGCAUUGUGGCGCUGCAUCGGACAUCCGUUCGGCGAUUAUUCGACGGUUAUUCGAACCUUGUCUGCAAUAUUGUACCUACUGAGGCCUAAAGAUUGCCAUGGCAGGCCGCUUUACUGCCACAUGUAUGAAACAUUAGAUGUUUAGAUAUAUAUCUCCACGAAUUAACAAGCCACAGUAAUGAAUCAAAGGGAAACACUGCGUUCAGUUGGUCCAGUGUAUUACAAUACAUCACUUUGAUAAACCACUAUGUAUGAAGUUUUGUUUCUUGUUUUAUGUUUACUUUAUGUAAUGGCUAGAAUGAAGAUAUUUCAAUAUGUGUUUGAAAAUGUGGUGUCUUAUAGUGGAACCGAAGAAAACAGCAAGAACUAUCGCCUUUUGAAUUAUAUAGUUAGGGCUUUCUUUAAUCAACUGACAUAGUUACAUUAAUGAUAAUAUUAAUAAUAAUUAUGAACAUUAAAAAUGCUGUAUGUAUAUUUAUCUGGUCAUGAAAGUAUUUUUUGUAUUUCCCUGAAAAUAAAGAGUUUC